CAUUGGAGAGACCGCGAGGGAUGCAGCAGCGAUGGAACCCGGCUUCCUUUUUCAAGAAUCAGCGUGAGGGAAGGGAGCAGAGCCGCGGGAUUUUAGGGAGCCCUUGUCCCACUCCCCCUCCCGCGUGUAGGUAGCGUCUGGGAUGUGUGCGGGCCCCAUGGAGAGACGCUGGCGGUGGCUGCGGUGGCAGCUGGGGCUCCUACCGCGGCUGCAGCCGGCAGUAAUCGGACCCCGCGGGCGCGGGGAUUGAAGACGCGCAAGGGAGAGCGGCGAGCUGCGAACAAAAGCCCUCGGCGCGGGGCCCGAGCCCGGGACGUGCGGGACUCCGCAAAAGGACAGGGCUCAGCCAUGGUGGACCCCGUGCCGGAAGAGGAAAAGGCGGGAACCGAGCCUGAAGGUUCGGAAGGGGACGCAGCCGCCGCAUCUGUGCCCCCCGACGCACAGGGCGCCCAGCAGUCCGCCGCCUCCUCGGCCUCGGCCUCCGCCUCGGCCUCGGCGGCGGCGCCCCACAAGGCUGAAGUCCCGAGCGCAGCGGAAGAAGGCGGGGGGCGGGAGCAGUCUCCGCUGCUGCACCUCGACCUCUUCAACUUCGACUGUCCGGAGGCGGAGGGCAGCCGCUACGUGCUGACCAGUCCCCGCUCGCUGGAGGCCUGCGCGCGCUGCGCCGUCAAGCCAGUGGAGCUGCUGCCGCGGGCCCUGGCAGACCUGGUGCGCGAGGCGCCGGGCCGCUCCAUGCGGGUGGCCACCGGCCUGUACGAGGCCUACGAGGCGGAGCGGCGCGCCAAGCUGCAGCAGUGCCGGGCCGAGCGAGAGCGCAUCGUACGCGAGGAGAAGCGGCGCCUCUUCACGCCGUUGGGGCCCGCGGCCGCCGCCGCCUCGGUCCCCAGCGCGGGCGGCAGCAGCAGCAGCUGCAGCAGCGCCAGCCUCCCGGCCUCGCCCGCGCCGCGUGCGACCCGCAAGGCCUCUUCCAGCCCAUCUCCAGCCCGGACGCAACCACCGACCGCGGCGUCGCGGGCAGGUAGGAAGAGCCACUCGCUAGACUCGCUGUCCCGCCGGCGCGAGGGCGCCCUCAGUUCCGAGUCUGGAGCGUCGUCGUCGUCCUACAGCGGGGAGAGCCUGCGGGAGCUGCGCUGGCCUCUGCGGGCCUCGGCCAGGAACAGCUGCCCGGCGGGCUCCGCGUCCUCCGCCCCCAACCCCCUGGGCCGCCCUUCCGCCCUGGCCUUGGUGCCGCUCACCGGCCGCAGCUUCAGCCUGGGUGACCUGAGCCACUCUCCGCAGACGGCUCAGCACGUGGAGCGCAUCGUGCGCCAAGUGCGCGCCGAGCGGGGCCUGCGCGGGGUGCCGGAUCGCGACCGAAAGAUCGCGGCGCUGAUGCUGGCGCGCCACCAGGAGGAGGCAGCCGAAGAAGCCGUGCAGCAGAAGGCGCGGCGCGUGGGCCAGAGCCGGUUGGAGAAGGAGCGGACCCAGCGCGCCAAUAAGCAGAAGGUGGAGAGGGACGAAGACUGCCGCCGGCAGGAGCUGCUGCAGGCCAUCGGGCGCAAGCUGGAGCGGAGCGAGCAGCUGUCCCGGGAGCGGCGGAGCGCGCUGGAGACCGCCCGCUCCACAGCCCGGGCCUCCUUCCACGUGCGGGAGAAGGUACGCGAGGAGACCAACACGCGCUCCUUCGACCGCAUGGUGCGGGAAGCCCAGCUGCACGCCAGCCUGGACCGCAAAUGACCGCGGCCCUGAGCUGGCCAGGCGGCCCCGCUCAGCCCUGCGUGGCCUCCCUUGGCCUUUAUGACCAGACUGCGGAAGUCUGCGGUCGGGGCCCAGCGCUGCGGCCUGGCCAGGCUCCCGACCGAGGAGGCGAUGAGAGGACAGAUAGGAGAGCUGCCAGCCCACCGCCUUUUAAAAAUCGGACUUCAUUUGGAAAUGACAUAGCACAAUCUUUAACCACAUCUCCUUGGUGGCUCCCGCAGCGGCCCUCGCCAAGCUUCCCAGUGUGUCUUUGGGGUUGGAGUAGAAAAAGAGCGGGGAGAGGGGGCCUGAGUCGGGACUGGGGGAGGGCCCCCGUAGGAGAGGGUGCAGCGGUGGCCGCCCCCUUCUGCAGCAGUCAGCCCAGGCACCUUCCGCAUGUGGGUGUCUGAGGUGACAUUGGUUACCGCAGCUGAGGAGGCGUCGCCUUGGCUCACCUCCAUCUUUUAAAAUAACGGCAAGUUGUACAAAGCUCAGAGGCCUCGCAGAAAAGCACAGCUCUUCCAAGGUGUUAGACCACACCAAGGGACCCCAAAAGCGAUUGGUUUUUGUAUGCUUGACUUUUAAACUGCCACUUGAGCAAAUUCUGGUCUUAGUUAAGGUAGUUUUUUUUGGUUGAUUCCCAUAGGCUUUCUAGGUAGACAAUCAUCUGCAAAUAAUGAUCAAUUUGUGUCUUUUUUCCCUCCCAUUCUCCCAAGUGACACAAGAAAUCGGUUGGUUUGGUGAUGCUGUUUCACUUUAGUGGAAGCCCCUGGGGGAGAUGAGUUCCCUAGGCAGCAUUGUUCCGCCGGAUUCUGCUUUCUUGCAGGGUAGCUUCAGGGGGAGGCCGUGUCUGAUGCCCACCUCCCAGUGUGGAGCCCACUCGUCGAAAGACAUCAGCCAUGCCUUACGAAGCAGAGCUACCUUAUGUGCCUGCCCAGGCCGAUCCUGCCUAAAUCUCCAGCCCUGGAUGCUGUCCCUGAGGGUGGGCCCAGCGAGUCUGGAGCUAGGAUUCCCUCGGGGAAGGAAUCAUCCCAGCUGCCCUGACAGUCAUCUCCUGUGGGGGCCGCUUUGCUGUGGAGAGUUGUGGUCGCUAUUGUUGGUUCUGUAGCUUCCCCUCCUCCCUCACAUGAGGAAAAAAGAGAAUGUUCCCCCUUAAGUUCCUGGUUCCCCCUCACCUUUGCUGGAAGUGUUGAAUCAUUCUCUCCGUGCCUCACCUUUCCCACUGGCCAGACGGGGCCAUAAGUAUCUUCUCUUGGUACCUCAAGGUCUUCCGGAUCCAAAGCACCGCCUCAGUAUUAUUUGUUGGUCUUCUUUGUGCCUUUCUUGACCUGGAGUAGAGAAGCAGGAGGGCUGCUGUUGGCCUAGUUGGUUUCUGGGAAUAUUGAUUCCUGGGCGUUGGAAGGGGCAGUGCAUUACAGCAGAUAAUCAUUUAGCUGCUGGGGGAAAAUACUUGCAAGACCAGGCCACUCCCUGGUCCCAAAAGUCCCACUCAGUUGUCUUUGGGCAACUUUAAUGCCUAGAGUGCUUCCUUCCCAUGAAGCCGAAAUCAGCCCCCUUGGCCAUAUCCACCCACUGACUCUGCCUUCAUCACGGAAAACAUUACAUUUUACAUUAAAUCAGGAUCAGGAAAUAAAAGUUACCAAAAAAGAAAAAAAGAAUCAGGGUAGAGAACUACUAUAUUAGACAUGUUUCAUGUAUAUUCUGCUGGGCAGAAUUGUCCCUAAAAUGUCUGGUAUUACACACACACACACACACACAUAUACACACACUCCAUCCGUACCCCCCCCCAAUUGUAUGCCAGCAGGUACAAAAGCAUUGUGUAGAAGGGAGCAAUACUUAGGUGUUACACAGGAGCUAUGCCAAGGUUUAUUUCUUGAAUGGAUGAAUUUUUCCCUCUAAUUUUCUUCUUGUCGGUAAUCAGGUUAUCAGUGAGCUAGCUGGAAUAAAUGGUAUUGUCUGUGAGUCGGGGCAUUUGACUAAAAGGUUAAUCUGAUACUUACUGGUUCUUACCUUGUGGCUCCUGAUUUCCUAGAGAGCUUUUGAAACGUGAAUAGGAAAUUCCAUGUAAAACUACUUUCUUCCAAAGUACGUACAUUCAUUUGAGAAGGACCGCAAUCUGGUUUUCUGGAUAACGCACUGAAGGGUACACAGGUGAUCUUACCUUGCCCUCUGUUCAGUUUGUUUUCUGACUUACUGAGUGACUUUGGAUAGAUCACCUCUCUGUGCCUUGGUUCCCCACCUGUGGAAUGGGGAUUGUGACUUUGGCCUUCCUCAGCACUGUGAAGAUGAAUCAGAAUCAAAGAGGUUUCUCAGCCCUAUGACUUCAGAACUGCAGGUGCAAUGGGCAUAAACAGAAAGGAUCAUGUGACCGGACUAUGCCCAGAGAGUAUAAUGUACUGUUGUGAUCUAGUGACGAAAGGAAUGGUCUCAAAAAGCACAUUGCAGCUACCUGGAAUUUAAAUAAAGCUUAAAAAAGAAAAGCACAUUGCCAAUCAUAGUGUCACAUGUGAUGCAAAGGCCCAGGUCUGAAUCUGAAUGUCACCAAAUUAGAGGUUUACACUUAGCGAAAAGCACUGUGUAAAGGAAAAAAAACUUGGAUUCCAAAAAAGAGAGAGAGAUCCAUAUAGCUAAGUAAAAUUAAAGCAAAGACAGAAGCCAAACCUAGUCAACGUAAAGAAUGGUUCUUCUAAAUUUCAGAUCAUCCUCUAGAAUAUAGACCCAUUGCUACAUCCUAGGAUAAGUGGUCAUGUUGCCCUUUGAGGAGGAGCAAUUUCCAGAAUCCUUUGUUGGGCUCUUCAUUUAUAUUCUCUUUGACGUGAUACUAGAGAGAAGUAGUUCCUAUUCUGAACUGCAGCAAGAGACAGUUGGAGGGUUGGGGGGCGAUGGGGAUAGUGGGUGGAGAAAGGCGUACUUCUCCUGAUGUAAACAUUCUAACAAGUGCCCAGAAUUGGCCUCAGAGCACCAUGCUGGAAGUUUUUUUACGAUCCAGGAAAUUGCAGCCCUGAAGCAGUCUCAGACCUUCACAUUUGCCCUCUUGGAGCAUCCCCGGGCUCCGAAAAGAGAGAACAUGAAAUGGAGUAAGGAGGAGUGGGAAGGGUUGGAAGAAGCUUUUGUUCGGUUCAUUACCAAGGAAACAAGCAGGACAAAGCUGUUUCAGAUGCAAUCAUCGGUGAAGCUAGCCCAGCGUCCUGCAAUGACCAGUGCCUACACCACAUCUGGACAAGAAGACGGAAGUUUCCCUUCAGAAGCACACAGACUGAACCUUCAAGGGAUUUGCCAAAGGUGAAGAGUGGAUGGAGGAGUGAAGGCAUAUCAGAAUGCAGUUUGUGUUCAAGCUACUCUGUAAAGUCCACCAGUUAUCAUUCCUUCUCCUUUAAAAAGUCCCUUGAAACAGAGGGAUGCCUGACUUUGCAUAAGGGGCUGUAUAUUAUUUAGCCUCAAAUCCCCUAUAGAUCACACUUUAGCACCUCACAUAUGGUUUGCACAUAAAUACUAGAUGGAGAGAGGGAUAGAUGGUGGAUGGCUGGGGGACAACUGACUGGUGAUCCAAUGAAAUCUGUGAAGGAUAGAUUGGGUGGGCAAACCUCCUUUCAUUUGACAGAUUUGUAUUGAACAUGUGCUGUGCGCCAGGCACUGCUUUUGAUGCUGGGAAGACAAAGUCCGAUCACUGACCCUGGGGACCAUUGAUGCUUCAUUGUCAUGAACAGACAUCUGUAUGUCCCCAUUGGGCUUAACUACCUUCCUACCCUGGUAUCCAUCCAUAGGUAGAUCUGAUGGUCCUUCAGGCACUGACUUCAAGCCUUUUUAGUUUCCUGGGGACACGCCAUCUGCCAACCAACCGUCACUCAGUCCCUGUUGUUCUCUUUCCCUUGAUUAGCCAGGAGCCUUGAUUAAUCAGGUCAAAUUCAUAAGGUCAUGUACUUAAUCAGUUUUAAAUUACAGUAAAAAGAGAGAGUAAGAUUAAUUACCUUCAAGGGUGUUAUUUGCCACGACGUUAACAAAGGCAGCAUAAAUAAUGAUCGUCAAAAAAAGAAAGGUAAUGAUCAUCAACCCAGAGAAUGAGCCUCAGGCCAUGCAGAGUCCCAGAUCACUAAAACAAGGUACCAGCUUCAUCAUUCAACUGUUCCGUGCUGAGACAAGAAACUCAACAUUCCAGCUUAAAAAAGCAAUUCCAGCUUAAAAGUUUCAACAAAAAGAGAUUUCUGAUCAAUACUAAAUUGAUGAGAAAGGUUAGUGAAGCAAAUAUUCUUCUUAAGACUUCCAGGUGAUUGUGGUUGCCCGUAGGUUGCUCUGUAGACUUGCCUUUUCUCCACCAUACGACUGCCGUCUCCACCCUGCAUGUCCCAGGGAAACAUUUGGCAGACGAACACAAGGAAACCUGGCAUUUCUUGACACAGCCUGGAAAGCAGCUUUCAGGGACCCAGCAGAUAGCUCUCAGUUCCAGAAAUGUUGUUUAGGCCCUAUAGGUGAUACACGUUUGGCUUCGGUUGUCUGAUGCAGCACCUGCUGUAUUCUGACCAAUCACGUGCUUUAAUUACCUAAUUGUAUAGAAGAGCACCUGGUCUGCCCACCUGUGUCCGCUGUUCCACGGAUUCUGGUGCUCUCUCUAGGUGCGCCUCCUCCCAGCCCAAUGCAUCCCUUCACAUGUCCCUUCAGGCUGGGCCCUGGUGCUGCUAGGGCUUCAAAAAGUCAGGGCUGGGACAGAGGGUGGAGUCAGUAGCAGAUGUUAGGACAUAGAGGGGAGGGUGGUUUCCUUUUGAGGAACAGUGAUGAUCAUUGUUUGCACUGUUGUUACUUCUUGAUUCAUCAAAUACUGUCCUGUCCCAUAUGAGCACAGACUUGGUCCAAAGUGAUUUUUAAAUUAGCUGCCAUUUUGAAGUCUUCAUGCCUUUCUUCCUCUCCACUAGUACAGUAUUGGUAGCAUGUUCUUGUGUCAGACACUUGCACAAUUCAUAGGACUGUCAGACAGUAGAUCCGUAUCUACUCCUGUGUGAGUGUCUGUAUGCACGCACACACACACACACACACACACACACUCCUACCAGUUCCAGCAUCAGCGUUCUUUCAGAGGGAGGGAAAUUGUGGUUGUAUUCUUCCAGGGAAGGGUAAGCUCUGAGGAAACGUAGCUGCCCCUUGGGAGGGGUCCAUUGACUCCACCUACCUCCAGCUCAGAGCUGCUUCAGGCUCUGGCCUGUAAGCACAGUGUCCAUAUUUCCCAAGCCCAGCAAUGAGCCACGCGGGUGACAAAGGGUCUUCAUACUGCCACUACACUUCUCCUUUCCCCUUCUCAGUGUGACAGACUGGCUGGGAAAUGGAAUUUGGAUGCCAAAAUGUUGACAUUCGGAACAUCUCAGCAUGAUGGAAUGACUAACAUCCACAAAGUUCUGAACAUCCAGUCCAUGUGGCUGCCAUAGCUUCAAGGCAAAGAGUUUGGCAAAGAAGCAAGGAUCUUGACUUAUUCAGACUGUUACCUACUGUUCAAUGGGCUCCUCUUGUCAUCUACAAAAGGAGGACAACAGAUCCUACAUGGUAGGCGGUUGUUAAAUGGGUUAAUGCUUGGAAAGCAGCUCAGUCCCUAGAAAUAGCACUCAAUUCAUGGAUAUUGUUAUUCUGAACUCGGGUGGAAAAGGAAGGAAUGAAGUAGGUUGAACGUCAGCCAGGUGGUCCUAGUGGACACCAGGCUUUGAUGGUAGCCCUUUGCAGUUGUCUGUAUCCCUUGCUGUGUGGCAAUCCCCCAACCAACCCAAAGGAAGGGGCUCUGGAGUAAUGGUUCCCCUAGCGAUGUGCUGUAGCCUGGGGCUGGGGCGGGAGGGAUUACCUUGUUUACCAAAUGUUUGGCAAUAAAAUUGACAUCUGGUGGUGA